AUGUCUAACGGAGUCAAGGAAGAAAAUAAUGUUCAGCAAGGAGAUGAUGGUGUCAUCCUUGAGCCAGAAAACUUGCGAAAGAUUUUCGUCGGAGGACUUACUUCGAAUACUUCCGAUGAGAUGAUGAAGGAGUUUUACUCACAGUAUGGCAACAUUACUGACAUUAUUGUCAUGAGAGAUCCAGCCACCAAAAGAUCGCGAGGUUUCGGAUUUGUUACCUUUUCGAGCAAGGCCGAGGUUGAUGCGUGCAUGAAAGGAAGACCUCAUACUAUUGAUGGAAAAGUUGUUGACCCCAAGCGUGCUGUUCCACGCGAUGACAAAAACAGAAGCGAGUCGAACGUGUCCACCAAGCGACUGUACGUCAGCGGAGUUCGAGAAGACCACACCGAGGACAUGUUUACGGAAUACUUCAGCAAAUACGGAAAUGUGACAAAGUCGGAAAUUAUUCUUGACAAGACCACCCAGAAGCCACGAGGAUUUGGAUUUGUUACAUUCGACGAUCAUGAUGCUGUUGACCAGUGCGUUCUCCAAAAGUCUCAUAUGAUAAAUGGACACCGAUGCGACGUCCGUAAAGGAUUGAGCAAGGAAGAAAUGAGCAAAGCGCAGAUGAGCAGAGACCGCGAAGGUCGCGGCGGUAGAUCUCGCGACGCUGGACGAGGCGGAUAUGGCGGUGGCUACAAUGCUGGAGGCCCAGGAAUGGGACGAGGCGGACCAAACAGUUGGGGAGGACCAGCCAAUGGUGGAUACGGAGGUAGAGCUGCAGGAUACCAAAAUGCUGGAUGGGGAGAUCAAGGAGGCUGGGGAGGACCUCAACAAGGCGGAUGGGGCGGUCAGCAGCAAGGAGGAUGGGGUGGACCUCAACAGCAAGGUGGCUGGGGAGGACCCCAGCAGCAAGGCGGUUGGGGAGGACCUCAACAACAAGGAGGCUGGGGUGGUCCACAACAGGGAGGACAAUGGGGACAGGGCCGCUACUAA